GACCACCUCCUGUCACAUGAUGCGGGUCGCGAAUGACUUCACGCUCUGUCAUGGCUGCACGAGACAUAAACAUGCCAGUGGUUCUGUAAUUCAGAGCAUUAAACCAGUGCGAUGAUUAAAAAAGCGGCCAUAACAAAUCAUUUUGACUUGAGCUUCGCCGUAUGAAAUUGGUUUGUCCUUGUUUGAGCGGUAGGUGAAGUGUUAACUGUGUUGUAAAUCAUAGGAAAGAUUCAAUCAUGCAGACUGAAGCCGUCCUAGAGCAUCACGGCAGCUCACAGAGUUCCUGCAGGACGGGCUCCAAAUCAUGGCAGUACAGUGAUCUGAUGGAAAAGGUGGAUGGGUAUUUGAUGAAGUACACCAAUCUUGUGACUGGAUGGCAGUAUCGAUAUUUUGUGCUCAACAAUGAGGCAGGGCUGCUAGAAUACUUUGUAAAUGAGCAGGCCAGGAAUCAGAAGCCCCGGGGCUCGCUGCCGUUAGGCGGUGCAGUGAUUUCCCCCAGCGAUGAAGAUUCACACACCUUCACCGUCAAUGCCAUCAGCGGAGAGCAAUACAAACUCAGAGCCUCAGAUGCAAAGGAGCGUCAGCACUGGGUCAGCCGACUGCAGAUCUGUGCGCAGCACCACACGGAGGCGAUGGGCAAGACAAACCCACCGCUUCAAUCUCGCAGUCUCUCCAUGGCGUCUCAGGGCAGUGGAAGCUCUCCAGGAUCUCAACACAGGAUCAACCAGAACUCAAACGCCCUGUUGGGCCUGUCCCAGCUGCAGCGCGGCUCCUCUCUUUACUCCAGCAGGAAAUCACUGCUGCCUGAUCACUUGCUGGAGGCCAGAGAGAUGAUGAGCCAGGCGCAGGGCCAGCACAGAGACCUGAUCCAGAGUAUUGAGGGUCUACCCUCCUCCCAGGGUCCCUCUCCCUUGGAUCAAGACCUGCUGCUGCUGAAAGCCACCUCAUUGGCCACUAUGACCUGCCUCAGUGACUGCUUGCAUAUCCUGCAGCUCCAACAAGUGGCUCGGCAGAAACUUCCUCUCGCUGGCCCUGCACUUGAGUGGCUGGAGCCAAAACUCCCAGACAUCCUGAAGAAUGGAGGGACGCUACCCAGCAUCACCAAAGAUGACGGUAAAACAGUGGGAACCGUUCUAGAACCUUUAGAAAUGGACUCCUGUGAUAUUGCUGGGAUGCUGAUGAUAAUUACUGACAACUCGUGUUGUUUUGGAGAAGGCUCUCAAACUGAGCAGGAGGAGAUUGAUGCCACGCAGGAGGUGGACGAUUCCUCUCCGGUUGAGGAGGAGGAUCUGGGUGCUGUCGAAGAGGAGCGCAGCGUCAUUCUGCACCUCCUCUCUCAGCUGAAACUGGGCAUGGACCUCACCAGGGUGGUCCUCCCUACUUUUAUUCUGGAGAAGCGCUCCCUCUUGGAAAUGUAUGCAGACUUCAUGUCCCAUCCGGACCUUUUUGUGGCCAUCACCGAUGGCUCCAGCCCGAUGGACCGCAUGGUCCGAUUUGUGGAGUAUUACCUCACUUCCUUCCAUGAAGGUCGCAAAGGUGCCAUUGCCAAGAAGCCCUACAAUCCCAUCAUCGGAGAGACUUUCCACUGCUCUUGGAGAGUACCCAAAGCGUCAACACCUCCGACAGAUGUCCCGAAAGAGGGGACCUCGUGCACGUCAGACUGCUACAGUGUCCGCUUUGUGGCUGAGCAGGUUUCCCAUCACCCCCCUGUCUCGGGCUUCUAUGCAGAAUGCCAGGAGAGGCAGAUGUGUGUCAACACGCAUGUGUGGACCAAAAGCAAGUUCAUGGGCAUGUCCAUUGGCGUCUCUAUGAUCGGAGAAGGUAAUCUACACCUAUUAGAGCAUGGUGAAGAAUACACCUUUAGUCUGCCCUCUGCUUACGCCCGCUCUAUCCUCACUGUGCCCUGGGUGGAACUGGGAGGAAAGGUCAAUGUCAACUGCACCAAGACGGGCUACUCUGCAGUCAUCACCUUCCAGACAAAGCCUUUCUAUGGGGGCAAGCUGCACAGAGUGAACGCGGAGGUCAAACACAACCCCUCCAACUCCGUGGUGUGCCGCGUGCAGGGCGAGUGGAACGGUGCGCUGGAGUUUACCUACACCAGUGGGGAGACACGUGUCGUUGACGUUACCAAGCUCCCCGUCACCAGAAAAAGAGUACGGCCCAAUGAGCUGCAAGGACCCUACGAGUCCAGGAGACUGUGGCAACAUGUGACAGAAUCUCUGAAGGAAAGGGAUAUGGAGAAAGCCACGGAACACAAGCGUUUCCUGGAGGAAAGGCAGAGGAAAGAAGAGAGGCAUCGUGCAGACACAGAGACAGCAUGGAGGACCAAAUACUUUGAGCGCAAAGGUGAAGGCUGGGUGUAUUACCAACCACUGUGGAAAACGGCAACCCAUAGCUCUUCCCCGGUUCCCCCUCCACAAAGUCCAUGACCUCUGACCAUUUAAGAGCUGAGUUCAGGCACUGUACAGCCUCCUGCUGUAGUAAACCUCUGGUCCAGUGUUCCCUCUCUCACAGAUGAAGACAUACACUCUCCUUUGUAUGAUUCCUGAAACAUAACUUCAAUUUGAGUGUUUGUAAUGCUUUGUGGACUUGCGGGUUUGCACUCUGAUGUUUAUAUUUUGCAUCCCUCGAUGGUAAGGUUUUUGUAGAACUACACAGUGAAUGAUUUCUCCAAAUCUGCACACAAAUAUUCUUUGUUGAUGUUGCCUUAACAAGUGUCGUAUGUAACGAGGGCUGAGUACAGUGUGAUGGUUCUUAACGUGGGAUUGUGUUUGAGGUGAACUUCUUAAUCUGACCAUACUGUGGUAUACUGUAUUUGACCACGGUACAGUCAAAGUUUUCUGAUUCUUUUAAAAUCGUAUAUGAAUUAUCAUGAGUUAUAUUAGGGAGCUCAUUCAAGCUCAUAGUUGAGUUCAAAAGGACAGCUGUGUCGAUAACUGGCGAAGAUGUUGUUAUUGCUUUUUCGCAGCUGGAGUCUUGAUGAGAGAGAAACCAUUGGCUUGGCUUUUGUAUUAUGCUGUCUUUUUCUCAUUCUCGCUCUGGUAAAUGAAGCUUGCAGGCGCUAUACACAAAAUCUGAGCCAGAUCAAAGUGUUCGGGUAGAGGCCUGCUCUUCUGAUUCUGCUGGAUGUUCAGUGAACAGUUAUGUUGGCUUCAGUUUCAGAGAGAUUUUAAAGGGAUAGUUCACCCCAAAAUUUAAGUUCUGUCCUCAUUUACUCACCCUCAUGUCAUUUAAAAUCUGUAAGAAUUUCUUUCUUUUGUGGAACACAAAUAUAUAUAUAAAAAAAAAAAUCUAUACAAUGAACGGCAACAUUCUUCAAAAUAUCUACUUGUGUUCCGCGGAAGAAAGAAAAAGUCAUACAGGUUUGGAACGACAUUGCUCCCCCUCAUAUUGUUCUAUGUAGUGCAUAUGACUUGUGCACUAUAUUGCAAGUCUUCUAAAGUCAUAUGAUGAUUUGUGUGAGGAACUGACUGAAAUUUAAGCUGCUAUCAUUGAAUAUCAUUUGCUCUGUUAACUUUAACAGCUUAGACUUUGGUUGGCCCUGCUGAAAAAAACACUUAAAACCAGGUUUUGCUGGUCUUAGUUGGUCUCCAAACCUGGUCAGCCAAAACACUAGCCUGGUUUUAGAGGGUUUUUUUGGCACUUUUCAGCUGGUCAGAGUGAAAGACCUGCUAAGAUCACUGAACUAGGUUCAGAAGACUUGUAUAGUUGUAUACAAGUUUUAUAGAGAACUUUUAUGUUGUUUUUUGGAUCUGUGAAGUACUGUAUAAGUCACAAUUUACUUUGCCUGUAUGGAAAAGAGAAGCUUGGACAUUCUGCCUGACGACUCCUUUUGUAUUUCAUGGAAAAUCAGAAAAUAAUACAGGCUUUGGAAUGACAUGAGGGUGAGUAAAUGAAGCCAGAAUUUUCAUUUUUGAGCAAACUCUUCCUUUAAGUACAAUCAGAUGUGUUUAUAGCAUGUGUUCCUUGCAGAAGGUUCAGGUUUUAUUUAGCUGAUCAUGAUAGUAAGAAUUGUUUUGUUUGUUUGUUUUAACCAUGUGAAAUUUGAGGUUUCAAAGUUCUUCAAAAUUUUGUGUUUAAACGCUUCAUCGUUUGAUCUGCCAGCUGAGGACAGUUGCAGUGACGGUGCUGGCUGAAGUGUUACGUCUCUCAUAUAAUCUCUGCUUCAGCCCUGGCAUUGGUUGCGCUGAGAAACUUGUGGUGCCUUAUUUGUGUUAGUCUUCCUCCUGUUCCACCUCACAGCCGUCAGCUUUCUCAUUAAAACAGAGUAAGACUGAAGCCACAGCCUUUGUAUAUAUCUUCUGUCAAUUUCCUGUCAGCAAAACACAGAAUUCCCACAAAGUUUUUCGUACAUCAGCUGUGCUCUCCACUCAAGUCAUUCUGCUGAGCCAUCAACUGCACUGAUGUUUUAAAUACACUCCCUGUAGCCUCAGAAAAUAUGAUUGAAAAAAAUAAAAGGGUUAAUAUAUUGGAGGA